CCAGCCCUGACCAACAUCAGAUGGAGUCUGAAGAAGAAGUACCCUCAGAGGUUCAUCAACCCACAGCUAAAGAGACAGAACACUAACGCCAUGUCCCACAGGUACUGUACCCUGCAUCCCACUUGACUCAACACCUGAACACCACUUUAACACACUCUCUCUCAUAAUACAAUACAUUUUCUCACAGAGAGCUGUGCAGCUCUCCCAAUGUAACUCAAAGUGCGUGUGUUCGUACGUGAGUGUGUGUGUGUGUCCAGGAAAAGGAUCGAGAUCCCAGUGGGCCUACACGGUCUGGCUGCAGUGGUGGAAGACUGACCUCUCAGUCGAGGACUACCUCAGUCGAGGACUACCUCCGAUACAUCACCAAUCAGGACAAUGACUACCUGUGGGUGGCGUUCCACCUGUACGAUAGUGGCGAUAGUGACGAUGAGGAGGACGAGAGAAGGAGACUGCUCCAGCUACGACGAGACGCGAGGAAGAAGAGGCGGAGGCAGAAGAUGGAGGCUCUAAAGUGUCAGAAGCAGGAGUACGUGACAGGGAUGUGGAAUGUCAACACGGUGCUGCUGAGACGGUUGUGGAAGGAACCCGAUCUGGAGGAGGAGGAAGAGAGCCCAGAUGAAGAAAUAACCAGCCCUAAACAGGCCACAGCAGCAUGGGAGCGCGCUGCCCGUCUCAUCCAGCAGAGGGAGUCUCUGCUGGCUCGUCUGGAGCUGUUUGAGAGGGACGCUUCUGACCCCAACCGCUUCUUCCUGCAAGGUACUGCAUAAUAUAUAUCUGCUCUGGGGUGAAGUUUCCCCUUGGCGCAGAUGUAUUCCUGCCCCUCUCUCUCUUUCCUGCCCCUCUCUCU